UUCUCUGCAUGUAUAAAUCGAAGGGGCCAAUUAGAAGCUGAUCUGCAUCAUUUAGACCUAGCAACCUUAAUUAAUCACGUACGAGGAAAAAGAAGGGCAAUGGAUUCAGAGAAAAGCAAGAUAUUGAUAUUUGGAGCUACUGGGUAUCUAGGUCAAUACCUGAUCAAGGCUAGCUUGUUUCUGGGUCACCCUACCUUUGCUUUUGUUCGCCCACUCAACCCUAAUGAUACCCUUUCUUCAAAGCUGCUGCUUCACAAGCAAUUCCAGUCCAUGGGUGUCACUGUGUUUCAAGGAGAAUUGGAGGAGCAUGAGAAGCUUGUUUCAGUGCUUAAACAAGUAGAUGUGGUGAUUUCUACUCUUGCUGUUCCUCAACACCUUGACCAGCUCAAGAUUAUCUCUGCCAUGAAAGAAGCUGGAAAUAUAAAGAGAUUCGUUCCUUCAGAAUUUGGCAACGAAGUUGACAGAGUGAGUGGGCUGCCGCCGUUUGAAGCUCUCCUGGCAAAUAAAAGGAGAAUCAGAAGGGCAACAGAAGAAGCAGGAGUUCCAUACACUUACGUAUCUGCAAACUCAUUUGCUGCAUAUUUUAUCGAUUAUCUUUUUCGUCCACAUGAAAUGCCAGACCAGAUUGUUGUUUACGGCAAAGGUGACGCUAUGGCUGUGUUGAAUUAUGAGGAAGACGUAGCAGCUUAUACAGUAAGAGCAGCAACAGAUCCAAGAGUGGCCAAUCGUGUUAUAAUCUACAGGCCACCAGGAAAUAUAGUUUCUCAGUUAGAUUUAAUAUCUUCAUGGGAGAAGAAGAGUGGACGAACUUUCAAAAAGAUUCAUGUUCCUGAGGAAGAAAUCAUCAAGCUUUCUGAGACCUUGAGAUUCCCAGAAAACAUCCCAGUAUCUAUUCUGCAUAAUAUAUUCAUCAAAGGUGAUCAGAUGAGCUUUGAACUCACAGCAGAUGAUCUUGAAGCUUCCAAGUUAUAUCCUGACCACAAGUACACUCCAGUUGAUAGCCUCCUUGAUCUUUUCUUGAUUAAUCCUCCUAAGCCUAAACGAGCAGCAUUUGCUUGACCAUUGCUGCAAUGCAAGAAUAAAAUCUUAAUAUUUCUGU